CCGGUGUUCGAUGCCAUCGUCCAAAGGUUCCUGAAGGUGGAUCGAUAUGCAAACGACAUCCGAUACGUGAACUACUGCAUCAGAUGUGCCAAGCAUUACUCUGACCCUGUGGAGCUUUACAGCCACGUGUUCAGUAAAGGCGUGGGCAGCAGGACGGCAGAGCUGUACGUGGCCUGGGCUCAGCAGCUGGAGAAGAAGGGGAUGAACCAGGAGGCUGGUGGCGUCUACCAGAAGGCUCUGGAGAACCAGGCCCAGCCUGCAGACCUGCUUCUCAAUGAAUACAGCCAGUUCCAGAGCAGAACCAGAACCCAGCCUCCGCCGCCCGGAGGUCCGCUCCCUCUGCAGAACUCACAGCAGACCAACCAGAUCCAGGUGCCCUCCCACAGACAGGGACAGAACAAGGCACCUACUGUCUCUCCAUCACAACCAGCUGCACACAGAACCAUCGUCACGGUGUCUCGCUCCGAGGUUUCCAGAACCCUCCCCUCUAGCGCUGCCGUCCCGACUUUGUCUGCCUACGACAAGGACAAGCUGGUCUGUGACGGGUCCGAGUUAUGUUUUGAAGAGGUCCGAGCGGCGAAUUACUUCCUGAUGAUCAAGGAGAAGAGAGAGAAGGAGCAGAGAGAAAGCAUGGAGAGGAAGCUGGGGGAGGAAGAGGAAGCCCAGAGACUCAAAACUGUGUUGGACAGAGUCAACCAGGACCUCGAGGCUCGUUUAGGAUGCCCCAGCUGGGUUCUGGCCCAACGGGUCCAGUCCUCUGCUGUUGUUUGCCCCCCUCCUUCAGACGAUCAGGGCGGCCUGUCGUGCCCCCUGGUUCUGGAAACGCACAACAGGCCCAGCUCCGUCCAACAGUCAGCUCCAGGCCCAGAGUCGUCCCAGAGCGGGUCAGCAGCUCUGCAUGGCUCAGACCGCCAGCAAAGCGACGGCCUUGGGGCCUUAUCUUUGAGCAGCAGUCUGGUACCAGAACCAGAGCACAAACUGGACGGGUCCCGUGGAGGAGCCGCUAACCUCUCCCACUUCACCCCUAACUCCUCCCUAGGUUUUGUCCAGGCCACGCCAACCAGGGUUCUGCCGUCGCCCACUGUUAACACCCAGGAGGCCCUAGACGUCAUCAUGGACAUGUUUCACGCUCCCACCUUCCUGGAAGGCCCAUGUCAGGGAGACUCCAUGCUCCACCGCGCCCCUGAGACGGACCCGAAACCAUGUGUCGUCUCCUCAAUACCGAAUCCCCCCGCCUCAACCCCGUUCACUAUUUUCCAGGACGAGGACGACAGCAGCCCGGCAGCUCCGCCUGAGAAAUCCAAACCCGUGAAUGUUCUGGCCGACCUCAGCGGCCCCAAAACAGACCGACCCAUCGAGACCGCAUCAGAAUCGAUACCAGAUGAGACCGCCACCUGGGGGGGCUGCUACAACUCGCUGCGGCAGCUAGACGCCUGUCCCAACAGCACCACCGACUUCGCCCCGCUUGCUCAGUGUGUCUCCACGCCCUUCACACACAAGAGUGUGUUUAGCAGCAGCUUCCAGACCCAAGAGAACAGUGGUUCCGCUGAGGAGAACUUCUACCUCCGACAACAGACGAAAAAACUCAGCCCCAUCAUGGAGCAAAGUCCAACUGCCGACUCGGCCAAUGCCGGACCACUGCCCUCAUCCUCCAGACAGGGAACAAUCAUGGCCGAUGGCUUCACCUCCUCCUGCACCUCCUCCUCUCUCGGCAUAAUUCAGCCUCCUGCCAUGCUGUCCUUCAGAGAACAGACGCUUUGCCCAACCCAGUCAGACGGUUCUGGAUGGGAGGUCUGCCCCAGCCCUGAGCGGCGCCCUGAACCUGCCUCCCAGAGCCAAUCCUUUAAGAUUCUGGAAGACUCGGAGUCGGUCAGCCCAGAACGGGUCCAGAACCGGAACUUUGAGGUCCCCAUGAGCCCAGAGUCUGCUCCCAGUGCCGCCUGUCUGGACAUCAGGAGUCAUGAAGCCACAACCAAGCCAGACCUGGACUCCUUCCUGACCCCCCCUCCACUCGUUCCAGCUGAACCCAGACCCCCGGAUGUUCCCAUGAGUCCGGAACCUCAACCCAGCUGCGCCGACGCCCCCGUGAGAGCGCAAGGGCCUGGAGUUCUGGAUGAACCCAUGCCGAGUCCUGACAGUGGGCGGGGCGGCCAGAUCCAGCCCGAGUCCGAUCCCUGGGAUUUAGAACUGAUUUCGGACCUGCUGGGCCGGCUAAACCCGCCUCUGACCUCUCACCCCCGCUGCAAGAGCUGGCCCUGCAGAGUCCCCUGCAUCGAGCCCAAGAUUACCCUCAGCGUGGGGAACUCGUCCCUCAGGGUGGACUGCAUUAUCGAGAAGGGAGCCUCCGCCAUGGUUUACCUAGCCACGGAUCCCCGGACCGCUGAGAUGAUGGUGUUAAAGGUCCAGAAACCGGCCAAUCCCUGGGAGUUUUACAUCAACACCUGCCUGGACGCUCGACUGCAGCCCGCCGUCCGCCACCUGUUCAGCAGGAUCCACUCUGCACACCUCUUCCAGGACGGGAGCGUCAUGCUGGGGGAGCUGCACAAGUACGGCACCCUGCUGAACGCUGUGAACAUCUACAGAUCCAUGAGCGAGAAGGUUAUGCCUCAGCCCCUGGUCCUGUACUUCAGCGUCUGCAUCCUAAACAUGGUGGAGCAGCUGCACAGCGUGGGCAUCAUCCACGCCAACAUCAAGCCCGACAACUUGAUGCUGGGAAAGAGAUUCCUGGACGACAGCGGCUUCAAUGCGGACAGCGUGGACCACGGCCUCGUCCUCAUCGACCUCGGCAAGAGCAUCGACAUGCAGCUCUUACCAGAAGGCACGGCGUUCACCGCACGAUGUCUGACCUCAGGCCUCCAGGGCACCGAGAUGCUCAGCGGGAAACCGUGGACCUACCAGGCGGAUUACUUUGGGGUGGCAGGGACGGUCUACUACAUGCUGUUUGGGAGCUACAUGCAGGUCAGCAAUCACAGCGGCGUGUGGAAGACCAACGCCGUCUUCAGAAGGAACCCCCACAGCGACCUGUGGCUGGACUUCUUCCACACGAUGCUGAACGUGCCGGAUUGCGGCUCCCUGCCGCGCCUGCAGGCGCUGCGCUGCAGAAUGGCCUCCGUGCUGCAGCAGAACUACGGCAGCAGGCUGCGGACGCUGAAGAACCGGCUGCUGUUGAAGCUGCUGGACUGGACCCAUAUAGUCUGAAAC